UUCAAGUCACUGGAGGAACAAGUAUGAAUUCUUUGGGUUGCAGAAGGGCUGAGAUAUAAACCAGACUACAGUAGCUGUUCUAUGACAGGCAUAGAGACACCAAUCCCCAUGGAUUAAACUCUACCUACUGCAAAGUGAACGUGAAGAGAAUCUUUGGAGCAGCAUGGAUGAUGACUUUGACCGCCGCAUGGAGUUAAGGAGGCAGAGGAGAGAGCAGAUGCGCCUUGAGGCUGAAAAAGUGGGCUGCACCAAUGAUGAUGACGAGGAAGAAGCUCGAGAGCAAAGGAGACGUGCAAGGGAGGAGAGGAAAAAGAUGAAGGAUUCGGACGAGCCCGGAACAACCGAUGUGAACUAUACUAACAGCGUGAUGGAGACGGAGACGAAUGCUGGAGGAGCAGAUGAUGACCAGGCUCUGCUGGAGCGCCUGGCCAAGAGAGAGGAGCGCAGGCAGAAGAGAAUGAAGGAAGCUAUGGAGAGGCAGAAGGAGCUGGGCCCCACCAGCAACUGCACAGACAGCUCACAGGAGGAGCAAUCCUCCAUCAGCCGCCCAGAGAAACGUCCACAGGACAAAGAGGAAAUGGAGGAGGAGACACAGGCCCCCCAGGAGGAGGAGGAAGAGAAAGAUGCACCAACAGAGGUGGAUGCUGAGCAGCCCAAUUCAGAAAGUAAAGAGGCUCAGGAGGAACCAGUAACCGAUGCUGACACUGUGGAAGAGGAAAGAAAGAGGAAAGAGGAAGAAGAUCAUCAGCAAAACGAAAUGCUAAGAACUGAAGAGGAAGAGGAGGAAAUAAGGAAAAUGGAGGAAAAACUCCAGCGGGAGGAGGAAGAGAGACAGCUAAGAGAAGAUGAGGAGAGGAAAAAGAGGGAAGAAGAAGAAGAAAAACAUCGAGAGGAGGAGAGGAAGAGGAGGGAAGAAGAGAAACAUGAAAUGGAAGAGAGGCUUAAAAGGGAGGAAGAAGAAAAACAGAGACAAGAAUUGGAGGACAAAAUGAAAAGGGAAGAGGAAGACAAGCAGAAAAGGGAAAUGGAGGAAAGAAAGAGGAAAGAGGAAGAAGAGAAACAGAAAAAACUAAUGGAAGAAAAACAGAGAAAGGAAGAAGAGGAAAAACAAAAAAAGGAGAUGGAGGAAAAGAAGAAAGAGGAAGAAGAAAAACGUAAAAAAUCACUGGAGGAAAAGAGGAAAAAGGAGGAGGAAGAGAAGCAAAAGAAAAAAGAGCAGGAGGAGAAGAAGAAAAAAGAAGAGGAAGAGAGGCGAAAAAGGGAGAUGGAAGAAAAGAAGAAAAAAGAGGAAGAGGAGAAGCGUAAAAAGAGAGAGAUGGAAGAGAAAAAGAAGAAAGAAGAGGAGGAAAAACAGAAGAGGUUUGGGUUUAAGGAGAAGAGUGAACCACAGAAACAGAACGGAGCAUUCUUGGAAAACAGGUUUAAGAAAACCGAGAGAACAGAGAAAACUUCCAGGGAUAACAUUCCUUCCAAUAAGUCUGAAGAUGUUGAGCGACGGGAGGCUGAGCGUAAGCUGCAGGAGCUGAAACAGAGACGAAACAACGCAGAAAGUGAGGAGUUUGAGAAGAUGAAGCAGAAGCAGCAGGAUGCUGAGGCCGAGCUGGAGGAGCUGAAGAGGAAGCGAGAGGAGAGGAGGAAAAUCCUGGAGGAAGAGGAGAGGCAGAAGAAACAGGAGCUGGAGGAAAAGAAAGCCAAAGAGCAGGAGGAGAGAAAGAGAAUGAAGGAAGAGAUAGAGAAAAGGAGGGCAGAGGCUGCAGAGAAGAAGAAACAGAUGGAGGAGUCCACUAAACCUGCUUUCACUAUCAGCCCCAAAGGAUCCUCAAAGAUAGGGGAGAAAGCAGAGUUCUUGAGCAAAUCAGCCCAAAAAAGCACCCCCAAAGUGUCGCACACUCCACUCGUCCCAAAGAUUGGCAACAGAUUGGAACAGUUUACCUCUGCAAUUCAGGGAAAUAAAGAAGUAAAAUCCCCCAAGUCUCCUCUGGCAGACAUUCCCACAGGAGGCACGCGCAACAUGAAAAGCAUGUGGGAGAAAGGCAACGUCGGCAGCUCUGCUGAAAGCCCUGCUCCUGCCAACAAGGAUGUUUCUGGCCUCAGGGGAGGCGUGUCUGGACGGGUCAACAGUUGGAUGGCGAAACCUCCAGAGGAAGAGAAAGGUGUCCCAUCAGCCCCAGCUGCAGCAGCAAAGCCGGCAGUGGCAGUUGGAGGGAAGAACAAGUACGAGACCCUGACCAGCGACUUCCCCAACCAGGCCUUACCUGACCGGACCGCAGACCUCCAUCCCCCCUCGCCACACCCAGAAUUCACGUGGUCCCCUCCCCCUGAAUGAGGGUCCAGGUUGAAUC